AUGGUGUCUUCACUUGAUGCACCACACAUAACUGCGUUCAUGAGUUGGGUGAUGGAUCACAAAGUAUACUCCAAGAAAGAGGAAGACUUUCGCAAUAGUUGGGGGAAAAUUGCAUUGGAUGCUUCAUAUGUUACUAUUGCUGGGGAGACCAACAACAAAGACCAUAAUAUACUUACAACUCAUGGAAUCUAUUCCCGAGGCCAAUUGACACAAGCAUAA